UGUUAUAUAUAAGUUGUCUGGACGACCCCCCUUCAGACUGGAAUCUCACAUCAGCAUCAUGGGGUCCUCACGCGCUACCAUCCUAAUCCUAGCAGUCCUCUCUUGUGUUUGUGGUCAGAAUGCCCCGCCCACAGGUGUCAGCACCAACCCGAUGGCUGGCCUCAGCAGGUACCUGGAGCAACUCCGAUUGGCCGCGCAGUUGCAGGCAGGUAGACAGGCCAGCCAGUCAGGACAGACGGGACAAGGCAUGGGCCAGGCGCCAUCCAUGUCGAGCAUGGGUACAUCGGGUAUGAUGCCUACUAAUGGAGGAAUGCCUAUGGGAGGAAUGCCUUCAAAUGGAGGAAUGCCAAUGGGAGGAAUGCCUUCAAAUGGAGGAAUGCCAAUGGGAGGAAAUGGAGGAAUGUCUAUGGGAGGAAUGCCUUCAAACGGAGGAAUGCCUAUGGGAGGAAUGCCUUCAAAUGGAGGAAUGUCUAUGAGAGGAAUGCCUUCAAAUGGAGGAAUGUCUAUGGGAGGAGUGCCUUCAAAUGGAGCAAUGCCUAUGGGAGGAAUGCCUUCAAAUGGAGGAAUGUCUAUGGGAGGAAUGCCUUCAAAUGGAGGAAUGCCUAUGGGAGGAAUGCCUUCAAAUGGAGGAAUGUCUAUGGGAGGAAUGCCUUCAAAUGGAGGAAUGUCUAUGGGAGGAAUGCCUUCAAAUGGAGGAAUGUCUAUGGGAGGAAUGCCUUCAAAUGGAGGAAUACCAAUGGGAAUGGGAACCAAUAGCAGGAUGUCUAUGCCUGGACCAAUGUCUGGAAUGUCCCCAAUGGGCAGCGCAGGAAUGUCCAUGGGAAGAAUGUCAAUGCCGGGAGGAUUAACAGGAGGCAGCAUGGCUUCCUUUAUGAGCAGCAUGGGCGGGGCCGGGGCUCCAGGCGCUGGCAGAUCAAUGAUGCGGAACUCGAGACUGAUGAUGCAGGUGUCGCUGUAUGAGAGGAAAAGGACCUUAUUGAAGAACGUCAUCAAGCUGUACGAGAACCACGGCUGUAUCGACCCGGUCCAGAAGCUGCCUGAUGGUAGUCUGUCGUCCAUGGCAAUGAGUGCAGGGUGCGCCAACAGCCCAAUUGCAAACCUCACCUGCUCUCGCUAUGCCAUCAACAAGCUAGGCGCGACGAAUGUUCUAGCCCAGAGCGCCAUGCCCGCCGUGCAACAGAACAUGUAUGUGUCUCGACUCCAAGGGCUCAGUCCUUAUAAUAUGUUUAAUGACUACCUCGUGGGCAGGAACACACGUGGUCGGAUGAACCCGGCGAUCUUCAGGAUGGUGAACGGGCCGGAGGGACUUGGUACUGGUCCAGCGUUUAGCGGGGAGCGCCUGGAUAUGAUCAAGAACACGAGGAUGAGGCUCCUCCCCUACCAGUGUCAGGACAUCGGGGCCGCGAACCUGAACAUGGGAAUCUGCUGCCCGGGUCCAGUGUCAUUCGACCCUCAGCUUGAGAUGCUGGUGUUGUCGGACCUCGUCCAUACAUAGGAGGGACAACCACUAUCUGGGACGUCAGGAACACCACCAGCACCAACACAGGGGACAUCCUCAAAGAGGACAUCUUCAUCGCUGUACAUAAUCCAAAUAUUGUAAUGAACCAAAGAUGAAACAGUUACUAUGUACGAGUACUGUGUACAUGUUAACCAAGCAGGUCUGAACAGUGAACAUUCUAUUGGUAUUACUUGGUUAACUGGGCAGGUCUGAGCAGUGAACAUUCUAUUGGUAUUACUUGGUUAACAAGGCAGGUCUGAACAGUGAACAUUCCAUUGAUAUUAAUUGGUUAACAAGGCAGGUCUGAACAGUGAACAUUCUAUUGAUAUUACUUGGUUAACAAGGCAGGUCUGAACAGUGAACAUUCUAUUGGUAUUACUUGGUUAAUGAAUUACUUACCCCGAAUUCCAAUUACCUGUUUUAAAAUACUUGAAUACGUUGUAUUAAUACCAUGAUAUCCUACACAACUAAGUGUCUUCCUCUUAGAAUGUUGACUUUCCCUAAGUUCUGAGAACCAAACGCUGUGUAGUAUAUCAGACAAUAUGCCCCCUGGGUUUGUGCUCCGUUGUGAUAUUGUACGUGUGAUGGGUUCACUAGACGCGUACUAAACGUGCUGGAGGCAGUUGGACAGCAGCAUCUCUCACAUCAGGCCUACCAAUACUCAUGUAGAAAAAAUAGCGUAACAUUCUACACAAGAUUAAGAUAAACAUCUGUAUUUUCAUUUUUCUACCAUUUUUUAAAAUAAUGUUUUAUUUGUCUAUUGAGAUAUUUGUGAAUAAAACAUGUGAAGUUUA